AUGGACGACACAGACCUGCAGCCUCUCCUAGAGGAUCUCACAGGCAACAUCGAUGACCUGGAAGAAACACUGGCACCAUUGCUCAAAACCGCACUGUCACAAAGCACAAGUAAACUGCCAUUACUCGACAAAGCCAAAGCCUACGUGCUCGCAACCUACGCAAUCGAGUCAAUUCUCUUCUCGAGUCUACGGCUCAACGGCGUAGACGCGAAGUCGCAUCCCGUCUUCCAGGAGCUGGCGCGAGUGAAGGAGUAUUUCGCGAAGAUCAAGACUGCAGAGAAUGGCGGGAGCAAGCCGACGUCGACGCUGAACAAGGAUGCUGCGGGUCGGUUCGUGAAGCAUGGACUGGCUGGGAACCAGAAGUACGAUCGAGAACGAGCGUAUCGAAUGGCACAGCAGAAGGCUGGUGCGAAGAGGAAGUUGGAGGAGAUGGGGACAGGUACGCAUACGAGGUUCGAUGGGUCGGCGAAGAAAGUCAAGGCUGAAGAAGCUGGCGCGGGUGCUGAGGAGGAGGACGAGGUCAGCGAGGAAGAGGGUGGCGUGAAGAUUGGAGACGUGGGAAAUGCUCCGAAACCGCAGAAGAAGCCGAAGAGUUCGAAGGAAGCCCUGAACUCUUUGGCGAGCAGUUCGGCGGAGAAGUCAAAGACUAAGUCGAGGAAACGUCACAAGAAGAGCAAUAAGCAGUUGGAGGAGAGGAGGGCUGCUGAGAUGAAGUGA